AUGAGCGACACCAUGCGAGCUAUCGGAAUCAAAGGCGGCAAAGGCCCCGCAACGAGCCUCUUCAUCGAUCAAAUCGCCAAGCCCACCGCCACAGAAGGCCAAGCCAUCAUCAAGAUCCGGGCCUUUGGCCUGAACCGCAUGGACCUACUCCAGCGCGAAGGCCUAUACCCCCUCCCACCCCAAGCACCAUCAACCAUGGGCGUCGAGUUCUCCGGCGUGAUCGAGAGCUUCGGACCCGACGGCCACGAAGACUUCCAGAUCGGCGACGAAGUACUCGGCCUCGCAUACGGCGGCGCCUACGCUGAAUACAUCUGCGUCUCAACCCAUAUGCUAGUUCACAAACCCAAACAGCUAUCAUGGGAAGAAGCAGCCGGAGUCCCCGAGACUUGGAUCACAGCCUCGCAAGCCCUCUUCCUAAUUGGCGAAUUCCAAUCCGGCCAAAGCGUCCUCUGGCACGCAGGCGCCUCGUCAGUCUCAAUCUCCGGCAUCCAACUUGCCAAAGACGCCGGCGCAAAAGCCAUCUACGCUACAGCAGGUUCGCAAGAGAAAAUCGAUUUCCUAGAGAAAGAACUCGGCGUGACGAAAGCCUUCAAUUACAAGACCCAGGACUGGGCGAAGGAGAUUCAGGCUGCGACGUCGGGCGCGGGCGUCGAUCUAACUGUUGACUUUAUCGGUGCGACGUAUUUCCAGGGUAAUCUGGACGUUGCAGCGCGCGAUAGUCGGAUCGUCUUGCUGGGUCUGAUGGGCGGUGGUAAGUUACCUGAUGGGGUUAAUAUUGCGCCGUUGUUGUAUAAACGUGUGCGGAUUGAGGGAAGUACGCUGCGCAGUCGGGACCUGGAGUAUCAGCGUAAAUUGCGGGAUACGCUUGUUGAGCAUGCGUUGCCGCGGUUCUGCGAUCGGACGUUUAAGGUGUUUGUUGAGAAGGUGUUUCCGUUUGAGAAGAUUGAGGAGGCGCAUACGUUGCUUGAGAGUAACACUACUAAGGGAAAGAUUAUUUGUGUUUUUGAGUAG